AUGUCUAUAUUUUUCGACAAUAAACAAUCAGGUAGAAUGGACACUGGGAAAAAAAAUAUUUUAUCUAAUAAUCAAAUUUCAAAAGUACCCGAAGAUUGUGAAAGUAUGCCAGAAUCAUGGUGUGAACUUUCACCAUCACGUGGUUCUUUUUGUUCAUCAUUAGAUGCAACUAAUCUCGUUUUAAUUGGAAAAGAUGGUGAGUCAAAAUUUGAUUCUCGUGCCUCACCAAUAAGUCUUAAUGGACCAUACAAUGAAAUUGAUAGAAAUUUAGAACAAGUUAGACAAAAGUUGCAAAAAGAUGGUUUGACUUCUGUUAGAGGACAAGAUUGGAUUUGGGACUGGUCUACACGUUCAGAACAAAAUUAUUAUUCUUCUAAAAAUUUUAAUAGAGGAACCUAUAAUAAUUCUGCUCUCACAACACCACCAAACAGUCCAGAACCUUAUUAUUAUGAAGGAAAUGUUUUUGAUUAUGGAAAAUCACCAAAAAAAUAUCCAAGUCAUUAUUAUAUGAUUUCAUUAGUUGCCAGUCACCUUUGUACAUUGCUUUUGGGUACCACAAUGGGAUAUUAUCUUUUUAAACGUUUUGGACAAAAUAUAACUUAUUUCAGAUAA